AUGAGUGCAGUGAAUCAGAAGUUGCAUGAGUGCAGUGAAUCAGAAGAAGCAGACACUAUGUGUAGAGAGCCUUGGCGAGUAGAUUUGCAAGAAAGCAUGGUUCAAGAGAAAAGAGAGAGUGAAGUUGUUGACUCCACAAAGGACAAGAUUAAUAAGGAUGAGUUUUGUGGUGAAUACUUUUCUGCGGCAGAAGGCCAUGAGAAUAUAUUAGUGUAUUUUUCCAGUCAUUGUGUAUCAAAAGGAACUGUAUGUGAACGCACUAGAUUGCUGCGCAUAAAAUUCUAUGGCUCUUUUGAUAAGCCAUUCGAGAGAUAUCUGUACAAUAGCCUAUUUGAUGAGACAUAUCACUGCGAGUCUUGUAAAGAGCCUGCAGAGGCCCAUGUCGUUUGUUUUACACACCAGCAAGGAAAUCUUACUAUCAAUGUUAGGCGCCUCCCGUCGGUGAAGUUACCGGGGGAAAGCGACGGCAAGAUUUGGAUGUGGCAACGGUGUCUGAGGUGUCCAUUUGUGGAUGGAGUUCCGCCAGUAACUCAGAGAGUUGUUAUGCCGAAGUCUGCAUGGGGAUUGUCUUUUGGAAAGUUCUUGGAACUUAGCUUCUCAAACCGUGCAACUGCUGAUCGAGUUGCUAACUGCGGACAUUCUUUGCAAAGCGACUGCCUCCGGUUUUAUGGAAAGGUGACGGGCGAGCUUUUUCAUAAAAUGGAAACCUUGUAUGUGGAGAUAUCAGAUGUGCUUGAACAAUUGGAAACAAAGCUGUCAAAUGGCCAUGACAUUCAUAACCACAUACUUGAUCUAAAAAACACGCUUGAAAGAGAAAAAAUGGAAUAUCGUACUUUGCUAAAAUCAGCCGAUAUGACUUUAGACAUUCUGGAACUAAAUCGGUUGAGACGUUCACUUCUAAUUGGUUCGCAUGUUUGGGAUCACAAACUGUCCACACUGGACUCUCUUACUAAAACAAACUUGCGCGAGAAGCUUCUAGAGCUAGAUGACCAACUUGAGUCUCCAAAGAGGAUAAAUCUGAUUUUGAGCUCCACGCCAUCAUUCCUUUCCUCCAUUUCUCACAUUGCUGAAGGUGCUCGGUUGCUGCUUCCCCAAACAUGUCAUGGUGAUAGAAUUAUAGCUGUAUAUGAUAAUGAUUACUCCAGCAUAAUAUCCUACGCCCUUACCUCUAAGGAUUACGAAGAUUGGGUUUCUAGGAACUCGAAUUCUAGCGAGAGAAACAAACAAGAUUUAGCAAAUUCCUGCCUUUCUGCGUGGCCAACUUUGGACAUAGAUUAUAUCAAUUAUGCUAGUUAUGUCUCUGAUGAUGCUCAUGCGCAAAUCUCUUUUGAAGACAAUUAUUUGGGUGCCGUAGGUAAAGUGAACUUUUCUGUCACUUGCUAUUUUGCAAAGCAGUUUGAUUCACUAAGAAAAAGGUGCUGCCCUAAUGAAGUUGAUUAUGUGCGAUCCCUAACCCGUUGCCAGAGAUGGAGUGCACAGGGAGGGAAAAGUAAUGCAUACUUUGCCAAGUCGGUAGAUGAAAGGUUUGUUAUUAAACAAGUGACUAAGACCGAAUUCGAAUCGUUUCAAGAGUUUGCACCUCAGUAUUUCAAAUACCUGAUGGAUGCAAUGAACUCGGGUGGCCCAACUUGCCUUGCCAAAAUUCUUGGUAUUUAUCAGGUCACUGUAAAAUACCCAAAAGGUGGCAAGGAAACAAAGAUAGAUCUGAUAGUAAUGGAGAAUCUCUUUUACAAGAGAAACAUAACCACAGUGUAUGACCUUAAAGGGUCAGAAAGAUCUAGGUACAAUGCAGAUACAACUGGUACUAACAAAGUGAUGCUAGACAUGAAUUUGUUAGAAACACUGAGAACAAAUCCCAUAUUUCUCGGUUUUAAGGCUAAGCGAAAACUCGAGAGAGCUGUAUGGAACGACACAUCAUUUUUGGCGUCAGUUGCAGUUAUGGAUUACUCAUUGCUGGUUGGAGUGGAUGAUGAGAAAAAGGAGCUGGUAUUGGGGAUAAUUGAUUUCAUGAGACAGUACACAUGGGACAAGCAUUUAGAGACAUGGGUUAAAGCUUCUGGAAUACUUGGGGGUCCUAAAAAUGCCUCCCCCACAAUUGUUUCACCCAAACAAUACAAGAAAAGAUUCCGGAAGGCCAUGACUACAUACUUUCUCACCUUACCUGAUCAAUGGUCUUGUUAA